AUGCAGGACGAUCACAAAGAUAAAGAGAAGCGCUCAAAAUGGAAGAUCUUUAGCUCUUCCAAAGACAAGGACAAGGACAAAGAUCAUCUUAAAGAAAAGCGAAAAAGCCAGGACAUUCACCUACCACCUCCACCCGUCAAUGAAGCAGCUGAGACUUCGGGUGAUUCAACAUAUGGAAGCAGCGAACCGAAUAACUCGCUUACCACAGAGGGCGAUCUGAGCAACACGAGAAGCAAUGUCGCCAGCGGUAGUGGAUUGAGCCCUGGAAAGACGCCAGACACUACAACGCCUACCCCAGGACCAAGUCACAAUCCCAAUUCCAAUCCCAACUCGGGGCCAGAAUCAUGGACCAGUCCUACUAUUAAAAGAGAAACUGUUACGAACCCAAAUACUGGACAGACGAUAACGACGACUACUACCACGACGACAACCACAACAACUGUGACGAACUCGAAUGGUACGACGCAGACUAUUGAGGAGCCGAGGCCUGUCGCUGAGAUGCCCACUGUCGCAAACCAAGAGGUCACACCAACUUCCCCGCUGCCGCCAACACAGGAACAACCACCACAGCACCAACCGCCUGCGCCUCCAGGGCCGCCACCAGGACAACAAUUACAACCACCUCCAAUCCCUUCUCAAUCCCAAUUCGAACCACCAUCAGGCGAGCCAUCACCAGUCACCCCCACAGCCCGUCGCAAGAGUUUCGAAACACCUGGCAAACGAAUUAUUCCACCUCGCGACCCAGUUCCGUCAAUUACACCAUCCGUCGCCCCUUCAGUCGCAGACGGCAAUAAUUCCCCCGCGAUUCCAGAGCGCAAUGUUAGACGAUCAGCCGAAUUCGUCCCCGCGCCGUUGCAAAUCGGCCAGGGCGCAUUCCCACAGCCUCCACCUCCACAGGACAAUAAACCCUUCAAUUAUUCCCGGCCUGUUAAUAGCAAAUCCACAUUUGCGAACUUGAAGACUGCUGCUGCAGGUAUCCACGGCGCUGGGGAAACACUCCGUGGAACACUAAAUUCCAGCUUUGACAGAGCACUCGGCGCUGGCCCAGCGGCAAUCGAAAGGAACCAAGCUACCAUUGAGCAAGGACGCUACGAGAUCGACCAGGGCAAAUUCUAUCAUCCCAACCAAUACCGUCUACAAAGACCCCACGACGAUGCCGGUCCGUCAAGCGACGCACCGCCGAUCCCUGACGCGCAGUACGACGACCCGCCGUUCAAUAUGGGCAACACCACGGGAAGUCCCCCUGUAGCAGAAAACGAUAGGGAGCGCCGUAGUAGUAGGCUUAGCAGUUUCUUUGGAAAGAGUUCGCAUAGAGCUGCGUCGCAGCCUGGUGCGGAUGGAAUGACGCCAAGAGCCGAGAGACAGAAGUUGAAGAAGAGGAGUAGUUCAGGCCCAGGCACGCCCAAGUUGAGUGUCGUUGGAGAACGAGUGGGUGAACAGUGA